CCCCUCCAGCACCAAGCGGCCUACAACCCAAAUCCUGCCUACGCGCAGCCACAGCACCACUAUGCCUCGCCUCCGCGCCAGCAGCCGCAAGUUCGGGGCAGCGGUCCGCAGAUACCCGCGCCAGACUUUGCCGCCUGGGGGAUGAACGACGCGACGGCGCAGUUCGGCAUGCAGCUCGGGCACACAGCGGUGGCUGCCGGGCAGGAGUACGUGCAACGAAACUUCGGAGGCCUCGUACCGCUCACCUCCCUCAAACACCACUUCAACGUGUCUAACUCCUACGUUAUGCAUAAGCUCCGGCUCCUGGUCUUCCCCUGGCGGCAUCGUCCCUGGACCCGAAAAGUGUACCGGACGGAGCAGGGUGCGACGGAAUGGCAGCCACCCCGGGACGAUCUCAACAGCCCUGACCUCUACAUCCCCGUGAUGGCCCUCGUGACCUACGUUCUCAUCGCCGCAUUGCAAAGCGGCCUGCAACACCGAUUUCAUCCCGAAGUGCUCGGCAAUGCCGCCUCCCGAGCACUGGGUGUGACGUUCCUGGACUUUGUGGCCGUUUAUCUCGGAUGUUAUCUCCUCAACAUCUCUGGCCCGAGCCAGAUCAUGGACCUCCUUUCAUACGGCGGGUACAAGUUUGUCGGCGUGAUCCUUACCCUCAUAUCCGGCCUCCUCAACUUUGGCCGGACAAUAUACCUCCUGGUGUUCUUCUACACCUUCGCCGCGAACGCGUUCUUCCUCCUUCGUUCUCUCCGAUCGGUGGUGCUGCCAGACGCGAACGCGGGCGCGAACGUCGGCACUGUCACACACGCGGCGCGCAGCAGACGAAUCACGUUCCUGUUCCUCAUCGCGAUGCUGCAGAUCGUGUACAUGGGCUUCCUUGUAAGAGUGUAGAGCGCUGGAAUCCAUUCUGUG